AUGAAUCAUUAUGUGCUGUACGAAGGCGAGGUACUUGCCAGAUACCCCCAGCCAAAGAGCCAGCAAACCUCGGGCCAGUCGACCGAGACACUCCCCCCGCUAUUCGGCCACGAGGCCACUGACUAUGCAGCCAAGAGUACCAUGCGCAUUGAGACCGAGUGCACUCGACCAAAGCCUGCCAGUCGAAAGAGGCCAGCGAGCGCUGCCUUGGACUCUAGUCCAGCCUUGUUCUACGGCCGAAGACGAUCUCCUACGGAAUUUAGUGGCCAGAGUGCUUUCGUGGGGGCAGAUCGAAAAAGAAUUCGCUCAGGUCUUUACUGGAAGAAGUUUGAGAUCGUUGCAGGUGCGUUGGUCGAGGAGCCUGAAGUUUGCGGCGCGAUCGGCGAGGCGUUCAAAGCGCCAGAGGGGCGACUGAUGGAGUGA